AUGCCUCGCAGCGCUCGAGAACUGAAUGAGGCUGCCCUCGAUCAGUUCAUCUACAUGCCCGUCAGCUCUCAGAUGAUCAACUAUCUCGCCAUCAAGGCUGCAGACGUCAUUCAAUGCGAAACCCCCGAUGCCCUUUCUGACGACCUACCACCUUCGCCACCUCAAACACCCCCAGAAGAUGGAACCACCACUACGGCUCGUAAGAUCCCUUCCCUAGAGCGAUUCAUCAGCAACUUGGUCCGCAAGUCAAAUGUCCAGGUGCCCACUCUGAUGACCACACUGGUCUACCUCGAGCGGUUAAGGAGGCGGUUACCACCUGUGGCUAAAGGCCUUAAGUGUACUGUCCACCGAAUCUUCCUAGCUGCCCUCAUUCUCUCGGCCAAGUUCCUCAACGACUCCUCGCCAAAGAACAAGCACUGGUCUGAAUACUCGAGUGUACGAGGCUACGAGCCCUUUGGCUUCUCAAGAACCGAAGUCAACCUCAUGGAAAAGCAGCUUCUCUUCCUCUUGGACUGGGAUCUCAACAUCACCGCGGAUGACCUCUACACGCACCUAGAUCCCUUUCUAGCACCAAUCCGAAGUGAUAUUCAGCGACAAGAAGCCAAGGAGAUCAGAAGGAAAGCUAUGAAGGAGCAGAAGCGAUUGGAACACGAAGCAGCCCGCGCUCAACGCGCUGCCGACAACCAAUACUGGACACCUGUGUACGAGGAGAAGCGCGCGAUGCAGUACGAGAACCAAUACUACGAUCCCACUGGAACCCUCAUCAGAGCUGUAUCUACACAAUGUGAUUCUCCGCCAUCAUCAAUUGACGUCCCCGAUCUGUCUCGCAGUGGCACCGCCGACACCUACUCUUCCGCCUCAUCCUCAGCUUCAUCAUACGUCUCCUCCAUCUCAAGGAAUGGCACCCCAGUUUCGAGUAUCAGCAGUUAUCGCGAUGACCUUGAGCCAUCUUGCGACGGUUUACCACGAGCUUACAGCGCCAGCCCUACACACGUGGUCCGAGAUAUCGUUCACGUGCACAUCGCAAAUCAGCACGUGGGAACUGGUAAACAUGGCAUGUUGCCUUACGAGAUCGAACGGGAGUCUCUAGUUGAGGGAAAGCCCGCCAAGAAGGCGCGAAUUGGGAGCAACAUCUUCUCAAGAUUCCUUGGCCAACGAGAACGACAGUAUGCAUAG